AUGGGACAAACGAACUCUAGACCAUCAGCUCCAGAGCCAGGGCGACUUUACCACCUAGAUAACUUCCGUACCUUCCUUACGGCACUGGUAAUUUACCACCACACCUCGAUCCCAUACGGUGGCUUAGGCACAUGGCAAUACAUUUCUCCCCAUCAUGUCCAGGGCUCGUCUCCUAGCCUUACGGCAUUCAAUGCGCUCAAUCAAACCUUCUUCAUGGGCUCAUUCUUCUACAUGUCAGGCGUGAUGUCUUUUCAAUCCCUCAAAAAGAAGAAGUCAAUUUCACAAUUUUUGAAAACGAAGUGGAUUAAAUUGGGAAUCCCCGCCGCGUUGUACACGCUCCUUGCACCGCCGACGCAGAUUGCAGUAAUAAGACUGCUCAGAGGCACAAAUGCAGAUUUCUGGGAGCUACUGAUAGGCCACUUGAAAGCACUGAGGAGCGUCAGAGGACCGGUGUGGUAUUCCUCGCUCCUUCUCGUGUUCGAUACCGCUUAUUCGCUCCUGCCUCAAAUCGCUCUUCCAAACCUAGGGUUCUGGCCAGCUAUGAUCUUGGACAUAGCAGCCUGUUCUCUUCUCCGGAUACCCAAUCUGGCACACAAAGUAUUCGCUCCGCUGAGCGUACGAUCAGACUACUUCCCUCAAUAUCUCAUCGCCUAUAUCUUGGGCACAUGCUCAGGGCCGAAAGACCCUGCAUCUCCACCUCCACCUCCAUUGCUCACUCCGGGAAGGCGCAAUGCACUCCUAGCAACCAGUGUUCUAUCCGGAUCCUACAUUAUCGGCCUGCUUAGAUCGAGAGCAGGACCAGAAUCAUACUCGUUUGUAUUCUUGGAUAGCGGAUUCAAUGCAGUCUCUGUUGCUUAUGCCGUCUGGAAUGAGAGCACGGGAUUUCUCCUCGGUGCUAGUCUCAUGAAUCUCUUCGAGCGCAAAGAAUGGGGGAGGAGGCGAUGGCGGAGCGUGGGGCGAUAUUCGUAUGCUGCCUUCCUUGUACAUCCGAUUAUCUGUGUUGGUGUUCAAGCUGCUGCUGAGGACUGGGGGGCAGGUGGUUUGCUGAAGAGUAUUGUUUGUGGGUCGGUUGGGGUGGUGGGGAGUUGGGCCGUGGCGUGGGGUAUGGUGCGAAUACCAGGGGUUGGGAAAGUCUUGUUUUGA